AUGGAGUAUGGAGAUGACAUCUUUGACAUCUCAGGGCUGCACUUGAGUGGUAAUUUCGACUCUCAAGUGCAACAACUUUUGGAAUAUAUAAGGCUGACAAGGGCAGAGGUGGAGCAUUUACAGCUUUUGUUUGAUGAUUUGCAGAGUACUUUGCAAACUGUUUGGCCAGGUUGCCAAGUCCAUGCAUUUGGAUCUGUAGUUACAGGACUGGGAAUAAAGUCAAGUGAUGUAGAUUGUUACAUUAGCUUGCCACCUUGGCUUCAGAACCCUGGUGAUACUUAUGUAACAAAAGCCAAAGCAACUCUCAGGCGAAGGCCAGACAUAUUCACAGAGUUAUUCGCCAUCACGGGAGCAAAGCAAAAAGCAAUACUACCACCAAUAUAUCACCUACAGAGAAAUGUAGAAUAUUUUGUGGAUAAUUGGAAUCUUGCAUUCCAAGACAUUAUGCAUGACGGCCAAUUAAGAGGGAGCUAUUUCAAAGAU